AUUGACUUGAUUACAUAGUUGGACUUUGACAUUUUAUUUUAAAUUACAAACUCGACACCUGUACAAGUGAAGUUAAGUUACACCUAGUGGAAUAUACUUUCUCUUUCGUAAUACUGUAAAAUAAAAAUGUCAGAAAAAAGUAGCCCUAUCAAAUAUUUCCUCAGUGGAGGUUUCGGCGGGGUAUGUACUGUUUUAGCGGGACAUCCUAUGGACACAAUUAAAGUGAGAUUACAAACUAUGCCCCUGCCGAAACCAGGAGAAACAGCCUUGUACGGUGGAACGUGGGAUUGUUUUAGAAAAACAGUACAAAAAGAAGGUUUUCGAGGUCUCUACAAAGGUAUGUCAGCUCCGUUAACGGGAGUUGCGCCUAUAUUCGCUAUCAGUUUCUUUGGAUUUGGACUCGGUAAAAAGUUGAUUAAGUCUGACGAAGAUCAGGUUCUCACUAAACCGGAAUUGUUUGCCGCCGGUGCUUUUUCUGGCAUAUUUACUACAUCCAUAAUGGCACCCGGCGAACGUAUUAAGUGUCUAUUACAAAUUCAGCAGGGAGGAGGCGCACCUCAAAAGUAUAGCGGCAUGCUUGACUGCGCCAGACAGUUAUACGCGGAAGGUGGUAUGAGAAGUAUUUACAAGGGCAGUGUUGCUACUAUCUGUAGAGAUGUACCAGCCAGUGGUAUGUACUUUAUGACAUAUGAAUGGGUAAAAGAAGUACUUGUACCAGAAGAUGCCAGUGCCAAAAUGAAAAUGAUGGCAACAAUAGUUGCCGGAGGUUGUGCGGGUAUAGCUAACUGGCUGGUAGGCAUGCCUGCUGAUGUCUUAAAGAGUAGACUGCAGACUGCUCCUGAAGGAACAUACCCUAAUGGUAUGAGGGAUGUUUUCAAACAACUAAUGGCGAGAGAGGGCCCCACAGCUCUUUACAAAGGUGUGACCCCGGUGAUGAUCAGAGCUUUCCCGGCUAAUGCUGCAUGCUUUGUUGGUUUUGAAUUGGCUGUUAAGUUCCUUGACUGGGUAGCACCUAAUUUGUGAUGAUGACAAUAUUUAAGUUGAUCAAUAUGAAUGUAUCAAAUUGUAUUAUAAUAGUAUAGCAAUAAGGAUGUUAUUGUGUGAGGCUUUUUUUUACUAAGCCUAAAAAUUUUGAAAAACUGUUAUGUGAUUGUAAUUACAAUUAAGUGUAAUUCUGUUUUAUAUAAAACUUUGUUGAUUGUGAAUAGUUAAUUACCAAUUACUCUGUACUUUCGACUUGAUUAUGUUUGAACUUUCUAUUCAUUAAAUAUAUUGCAUAAUAUUUUUAUACUCUACA